AUGCCGUCGUCGGGAAGUGAACGUAACCGCAAUCCCGACGUUCGUCGUAUUAACAUUUCUGGUGGUGGGACACUACAAAAAACAAGAUUUUGUUCUAAUAGAAUUAGUACCUGUAAAUAUAAUGUUGCAUCGUUCCUUCCACGAUUUCUCUACGAGCAAUUUCGUCGAUAUAAUAAUAUAUUCUUUUUAACGAUAGCCUUACUACAGCAAAUUCCCGAUGUUAGCCCAACUGGACGGUAUACAACAGCUGUGCCAUUUAUGUUAAUUUUGUCUGUAUCAGCACUUAAAGAAAUUUUUGAAGAUAUUAAAAGGCGGCGGGCCGAUCACAAGGUUAACUCUUUUCCAACGUUAAUAUUAGAAGACAGCUCGUGGCAAACUCGGAACUGGCGGGAUAUCAGAGUCGGAGAUUUAAUUCGAGUGGAUAACGAUCAACUGUUUCCUGCUGAUCUACUGCUGCUUUCGUCGAGUGAACCUCAAGGCAUGUGUUACAUCGAAACAUCGAAUCUAGACGGAGAGACCAACCUCAAAAUCAAACAGGCGCUGCCUGCUACUUCAUCCAUUACUACACUGGAUGCGUUAAUUGAUUUUGAAGCGAAGAUAGAAUGUGAACUUCCUAGUCGACAUGUAACAGAGUUCAGUGGUAAUCUGAUUCUCGACGAGCCUAAGCCAUUUGGUAUCGAUCAGUUAUUACUGCGUGGUGCUCGUCUGAAAAAUACGCCAUGGAUUUUCGGUGCCGUCGUUUAUACUGGCCACGAUUCCAAGCUCAUGAUGAAUGCGAAAACGGCACCACUGAAGAGCGGAACAGUUGACAAGAAGACAAACACUCGCAUCAUUUUCCUAUUUGUUGUGUUAGUUGCAUUAGCCGUUAUCAGCGCUAUAGGUGCUGAGAUAUGGCGAGGUUCUCAUUUGCCUCAUGCUUGGUAUAUCUCCUUUUUACAACAUGAUGCUAGGGCCUCGUUUCCAUGGCACGUUUUAACGUUCUUCAUUCUCUAUAACAACUUGAUUCCUAUUAGUUUGCAAGUAACUCUCGAGAUUGUGCGCUUCUUCCAGGCUGGCUAUAUUAAUGUGGACAAAGAAAUGUACGAUGAGAACAGUGAUUCAUGCGCCGUUGCACGAACUUCGAAUCUCAAUGAAGAGUUAGGAUUGGUCAAAUAUGUGAUGAGCGAUAAAACAGGGACAUUGACGAGGAAUGUGAUGAAGUUCAAACGAGUUUCUGUUGCUGGGCGAGUCUAUGGUGACAACGAAACUGACGAAUUUCAUGACGAAGGCCUCAUCGAAGAAUACCGAUAUGCACCCUCCACAAAGACCGGUGUUCAAAUAAAAGAACUGCUCACUAUGAUGGCCGUAUGCCAUACGGUCGUGCCCGAGGACAAAGAUGGAAAGUUGUCGUAUCAAUGUUCUUCACCAGACGAGGGCGCCUUGGUUCGAGGAGCGGCUAGUCAAGGUUUUAUUUUCCAUACAAGAAAACCGAAUGAAGUGACACUCUCAGUGCUAGGUGAGGACGAAAAGUAUGAAGUGCUGGAUGUCGUCGAAUUCACAAGUGACAGGAAAAGAAUGAGUGUUGUCGUACGAGAUCCCUCAGGACGCAUUAAGCUCUACACCAAAGGAGCAGACACAGUUAUCCUCGAUCGGCUUGUUGAUGGCUCUGAGGCAAUUAUCGAUUCAUGUCAUGCUCAUUUGGAAGAUUUUGCUUCUUAUGGCUAUCGUACCUUGUGCUUCGCCAUGCGUGUGCUUGGGGAGGAGGAGUAUAAAGCAUGGUCGAAAGAAUACCGUGCCGCUGGAAUUCUUAUUGAAGGUCGCCAGAAAGCUUUGGCGGAAGAAGCUGAGAAAAUCGAAGUCCAACUGGAAUUAGUUGGCGCGACUGCAAUUGAGGACAAGCUGCAGGAGGUUGAUUGGUUUUCAGAGUUUCAAUCUGGUGACCCGAUGACGCUAACGUUUUUAGUUCGUUCCGGAGACUGUACAAGCACUGAUGGCUGCCGAUAUGCGUGUGUGGAUCCCAUGGCGCGUGCGCCUUGUGCCACCAAAAAUACGGAGCUGUUAAUAGUGGAUCAAGGAUACGUAUAUGAGGACACAUACACCAAAGCUGCGCUACAAGAAUUUGCUAUGAUCAUCGACGGAAAAUCGCUUGUUCAUGCAUUGGUUGGGGACUGUCGAAAGCAUUUCGGCGAACUGGCACUCAGAUGUCAUGCGGUUGUGUGUUGUCGAAUGAGCCCCAUGCAGAAGGCUGAGGUUGUGGAGAUGGUACGCGGCCUUGGAAAUCAUGUUGUAAUGGCUGUUGGUGAUGGUGCCAACGACGUUGCAAUGAUUCAGGCUGCCAACGUUGGUAUUGGAAUAUCUGGAGAAGAGGGAUUGCAAGCCGCAUCAGCUUCUGAUUAUGCUAUUCCAAGGUUCCACUUCCUGAGGCGAUUACUCCUAGUCCAUGGCGCUUGGAAUCACGAUCGAUCCGUUAAAGUUAUACUCUACAGUUUUUACAAGAACAUUUGCCUCUACAUUAUUGAGCUGUGGUUCGCGAUUUUCUCUGCCUGGUCCGGUCAGACGAUAUUUGAGCGAUGGACGAUCGGACUGUUCAACGUUGUCUUCACCGCGUGGCCUCCAGUUGCUCUGGGUUUGUUUGACCGCCCUGUUGAAGCUAACAUAAUGAUGCAACAUCCUGCGCUCUACCACAGUUUUCAAAAACGGUCCUUUUCCUUAGGGCAAUUUUUCCUAUGGAUUGGCAUGGCGCUUGUUCAUUCGCUCUCGUUAUUCUUCCUCUCUUACGGAUUCUUGGAUACAAUCGUUUGGAGCAGUGGUAGAGAUGGUGGAUGGCUAAUGCUCGGCAACAGCGCCUAUACGUUUGUGGUCGUAACGGUGUAUUUGAAAGCACUACUGGAGUGUGACUCGUGGACAUGGCCAGUCGUCGUUUCCUGUGUCGGCUCUAUCGUUCUUUGGUUACUCUUCUUACCAAUAUAUGCUGCGGUGUUUCCCACGAUAUCUACGCGAAUUGGUGCUGACAUGGCUGGUAUGGCGUGGAUUAUGAUGUCAUCUUCGAUGUUCUGGUGUGCUUUGUUAUUCGUUCCAUGUGCCACUUUGAUUUGGGAUCUCGUCAUCAAGAGCAUCUUCACGAUAGCCGUACCAACACCGCGAGAAAUGGCAGUGAUGGAAUUUGAAAGGUACGACGUCGUCUCCAGGAUUCGAACGGUUAGCAAGGUUUGUUACUGGUACAGCUUACAUAUGCUGCUCACGUCUCCUCAUAAUCUUGGUGUCAAGUCGUCACGAGUUGCCGCAGCCAAGUCAUCACGGAAAGAGAACGGCUUUGGUUCUCAAUCGGAGCCAUUACGUGAGACGUCACGUCUUCAUGGCCACGACAAUCCUGCUUUGGAGUACGGUAGCACGGAAAUGGUAAUGUUUGGUCUAGCGAACGGCGGCGACUCGUCCAAUAUUACUCGUAUCUCCAUCACGCCAGAACGAUUCUAG